CGCCUUCUCGCUCGUGAUCCUCCUCCCCCCACCCUCGUUUAAUUUGUUUAUCUAUCGGACAGGCCGUUCUCUCGAAUUACGUCGCUGCCCCUCCCUGAGCCCUUUUCUGCCGCUCUAUUUAUCCUCACGCCGCGCUCCCUCUCUUCCUGUAAAUUGCGAUGGCGGAGUUCUCACCUGAGUUGGAAGACGGCGAGCGGUGGCUUCCGGCCGAUAUCCUCAAAGACGUCGGCGCCCGACACCCAUAUGACUUCACCUGCCCCGCUCCUUCCGGCGGCCGCGAAUGCUUCCCCCGCCUCGCCUACCUCAACACCCUCGCUCGCGAGCUCGCCUCACUCGGCAUCUUCCACCACCCCGCCGUUUCAUCGCCGUCACUCUUUUCUCCAUCGCCACACUACUUUGUGUUCGACUUACCGCUGGUUGGAUUGGCGAACAAUGCCGUCAGGUUCGGCGCGGUUCGAGACGGGCUCACGGGCGCAAGCAUCGACAGCGGGGGUGGCGCAUCCGGUAGCCUUCUAUCGGUUCAAACGCCGGUGGGUUCCGACCGGUUUCCCUCUCCGUUUCAAAGACAUUGUUCGGUCUUCUGUCAAGAUCCGGACCAACUGCAGACGCCAUUCGGAGCCUGUAAGGCCGGGAUCAUGCAUCGUCCGACCCCAGCAGUCCGCGACCGCUUCGCUUCGAUUCCAACAGCCGGUCCGGCGAGGGAGAGCGCCGGCACAGGCGUGUUCAUUCCGCGGGUCAAAGUAGAGAAGGUUAACGCAACCCAAGAUGUGACAGGUUGCAGAGAACAAAGCGAGAAGAAGCAGGGGACAAGGAAUGGACGAGAGAAGGAGCGAGCUAAACGCCUCCGACCUGCCCUAGAGCAUGGCCUGCCUCAGGAUUGGACCUAUUGAGACGAAGACCGCUCUGCCUCUCUCUCCUCUGUCAACCGUCACAGCGGCAAAAGCUACUGAUAACCUACCUGUUUGUAUUCUUGCUGUCACACACGCAAAAGAAUACGAGAAGACAAAUGGGAGAGGGAAGAGAGUUCCUAAUAUCGACUUGCAGAUUUAGUAGGAUUUCAGAUUUGCUUUCUUGCUUCUCGCUUUGUAAAUAUGGACAGAGAAUAAUUAAAGGGUGCGUCUUAGCGUAAUUAAGGCAA